CAGCCCAGCAGGGGGCAGCGUCGGGGGUCGCCCUGGAGGAGCCCCCCCGGGUCUCGGUCAAGAUGGAAGCAGCCGCGGCCCCUUUCUUCCACCCCGAGGAAGGGCUGGAGCUGCUCCCGGGCUUCGUCCAGCUCCCAGGCUUCGUGGAAGGAGCCCCCGAGGAGGAAGAGGAGGAGGACGAGGAGGAGCUGGUGGCAGAGAGGAAGAAGGGCCCCUUCUCCGCCCCUUCGAUGCGAGGCCCCUCGGGGGUGGUCCUCCAGCCCCCUCUCCUCAAGCUGCCCCCGGCCACCGACUUGGAGCAGCUCCUCAUCCCCUCCAGCCCCACCGCCCCCUCAGGCAACGCUCCCGGGGGGGCCUUCUUAUACAGGGCCCCUGCUCCUCCUCCACCUUCCUCUUCGUCCUCCGCAGCCCAGGUCACCCAGGAGCAGGAAGGGUUCGCAGACGGAUUCGUCAAGGCCUUGGCAAACCUACAUAAACAGAACCAGCUUUUGGGGGUCCCGCCUCCGCCGCCGCCUCCGGCCCCACUUUCACCUGCACAACCGCACCCUUGUUGCCCCCCUGCGAGGCAACCGGAGCCCCCCGCUAUCUACACCACUCUGGGGGGAUACAACCCCGGGA